AUGGCCACAGAGAGCAGCCACGUUUCUGGCCAAGCCAAUGAGCCCAUAUCCCAACCGGCCCAUGCCUUGGCCUAUGAUCGGGUUGCUGAGGAACUUCAGACAGACACAACUGUAGGGUUGAGUCUAGAUGAAGCAUCCUCUCGGUUAGCCAAGUACGGGGCAAAUGACCUUGGCAAGGAGAAGGGUGUUCAACCCAUCGAGAUCCUUAUCGCCCAAGUCGUCAAUGCCAUGACUGUGGUUCUCGUCCUCGCCCUUGCUGCUUGUUUUGCCAUCCAAGCUUGGAUCGAGGGCGGCGUGUUGGCUGCACUCAUCCUGAUCAAUGUCGUUAUUGGAUUUUUGCAGGAUCUCCAAGCCGCCAAGACAAUCGCAUCACUCAAGUCCCUAAACUCUCCGACGGCUCGUGUCAUUCGAGCCGGCGAAAGCUCGUCAAUUGAGGCCCCCAAACUCGUGCCCGGCGACAUCAUUGAGCUUAAAGUUGGCGACAACGUUCCGGCGGAUGCUCGCCUCUUUCAUGCCGUCAACUUGGAGGCCGACGAGGCCCUUCUCACCGGCGAGAGCGUGCCGACGAGGAAGGACCCCCGGGAGGUUUACGACGAGGACACCGGCCCGGGUGACCGACUGAAUGUUGUCUUCUCCUCCAGUGUCAUCACGAAGGGCCGUGGACGAGCCAUUGUCUUUGCCACGGGCAUGUCGACUGAGAUUGGUGCUAUCGCAGCUGCUCUGAGGGACGAAGGUGGCGAGAAGCGAAAGCUCAAAAGGGACGAAAAUGGCGAGGCGUCUAUCGGCUCGUACUUUGUCUUCGGCUGCGGUAAAACAUGGGAUUGGCUUGGCAACUUUCUGGGUGUGACGGUUGGCACACCGUUGCAGCGGAAACUGGCCCGGCUCUUCCUGUACAUCUUCUUUUUCGCCAUCGUCUGCGCCAUCGUCGUUCUCGCUGCAAACGACUUCCGUGCACGAAAUGAUGUUAUCAUUUAUGCAGUUGCCACCGCCAUUGGCACGCUACCCGUAACGCUGAUCUUGGUCCUCACCAUCACCAUGGCUGCCGGUACCAAGGUGAUGGUACAGAGAAACGUGGUGGUGCGCAAUAUGCGCUCCUUGGAGGCCCUCGGGGGUGUAACUAACAUCUGUUCCGACAAGACCGGCACAUUGACCCAAGGGAAGAUGGUGACGAAAAUGGCCUGGAUUCCCGACCACGGUACUUAUUCGGUCGAUACCAGCAACGACCCGUACAACCCCGAGGCUGGAGAAGUGACCUUCACGCGGUCCCAGCCCAGAGAAAUGCGGAAGUCGGAAAACGACAGCUCUGCGGUUGUCGUUCCUGCAAACGAGGCCCACCAGUCUCUGCAGCAAUACCUCGACGUGGCCUCUUUCGCCAACCUGGCAACAGUGAAGAAGAUCUCGGAAGAAGAGAACUCGUCGGGAUCUGGUCAGUGGCAGGCUCAUGGCGAUCCCACCGAGGUUGCGAUCCAGGUUUUCGCUACCCGGUUCGCACGGACUGGCCUGACGCCGGAAUGGAACCAGCUCGCCGAGUUCCCAUUCGACUCUUCGGUCAAGAAGAUGUCCGUCCUAUGCCAGAACCAGACCACGCAGGAGGUUCAUAUCUUCACAAAAGGCGCCGUCGAGCGUGUCAUCGACAGCUGUUCGGCAAUCUCGUCGUCCGACGGCGACGUUUCCAAGAUGACGAAGGAGUUCAAGGCCAAUAUCUUGGCCAACAUGGAAGCCCUGGCGCGCCACGGCCUUCGCGUGCUCGCGCUGGCCAACAAGUCGGGCGUCCGAUCCGUGUCCGAAGACGAAGCACGACAGGGCCGUCUGCAGCGUGACGAGUUUGAGUGCGACCUUAUCUUCCGCGGGUUGAUCGGCAUCUACGACCCCCCAAGGCCAGAAUCGAGGCCGAGCGUGUUCAAGUGCCACCAAGCUGGUAUCGGUGUCCACAUGCUCACCGGGGAUCACCCCGAAACGGCGCGCACGAUCGCCAUCGAAGUCGGGAUUCUGCCUUCACGGAUGGAUCUUCUGCGGGCCGACGUCGCCGAGGGCCUCGUCAUGACGGCCCACGACUUCGACCGGCUUACCGACGAGGAGCUCGACCAGCUCCCCGAACUGCCACUGGUCGUCGCGCGGUGCGCCCCUUCGACCAAGGUGCGCAUGAUCGAUGCCCUGCACCGCCGGAAGCGAUACGUCGCCAUGACCGGCGACGGCGUCAACGACAGUCCGAGUCUGAAGCGGGCAGAUGUCGGCAUUGCCAUGGGCCUCGCAGGGAGCGACGUGGCGAAAUCCUCCUCGGACAUCGUCCUCAGCGACGACAACUUCGCGAGCAUCCUCAACGCCGUCGAGGAAGGCCGUCGCAUUUUCGACAACGUCCAAAAGUUCAUGCUCCACGUCCUGGCUGCCAACGUCGCUUUCGUCACGACCCUCCUUAUCGGACUCGCCUACAAGGAUGCGGAGGGCACGUCCAUCUUCCAGCUCACCCCCGUUGAGAUUCUCUUUAUGUUGCUUGUGGCGGGAGCUUUCACCGAGACGGGUCUGGGUUUCGAGUCGGCUUCACCGGAUAUCCUAAACCGACCUCCCCAGAGUCUCAAAUACGGCGUCUUCACACCCGAGUUCAUGGCCGACCUCGUGGCGUACGGCAUCCUGAUGGCGGCGUGUCUGCUCAGCUCCUUCUCCAUCGUGCUCUUUGGCUUCUACGACGGCAACCUCGGGGCCGACUGCAAUCUGGCCUACUCGGCGUCGUGCGACGGCGUCUUCCGCGCGCGCUCGACGUGCUACACCGUCAUGAUGUGGAUCUUCCUCUUCUUCGCGUGGGAGCUGGUCGACAGCCGGAGGUCCUUCUUCGACGGCGCCGUGGGCAAUACGAGGGCGUGGGCGGGCAGGCUGUGGCGGAAUACGUUCCUGUUCUGGUCCGUGGUCAUUGGGUUCUUCGUCAUCUUCUUGACGCUGUAUAUCCCCGGACUGAACAGGGUUGUGUUCCUGCAUACGGGGAUUGAUAAGGAGUGGGGCAUUGUGUUUGCCAUGACUAUUCUCUUCUUUGUUGGGGCUGAGACGUGGAAGUGGACGAAGAGAAUCUUCCUGAGGAGGAGGAACUUGAUGCAUAGGAAGGAUGCCGGGUCGGGGGAGGAGGAUUUGGAGAAGAGGACUUUUGAGAGGUUCUAUGACUCUGGCGAGGAGUCUCCGAGAGAGAAGUGAGGCGUGAGGCGUGAGGCUCGAGAGACGACAUUUUUGGCACGAUGACACGAUAAACCAGAGCAGAACCACGAAGUAUAUGUCUAGAUUUCCCAAUCAAAGGAUUCGAGCGUUGGCGACGGCGCGGGGAGGCGUGGGGAGGGUCGCAUUUGGGAGCGAUCUGACAACAAAGGUUUAGGAGCAUGUUGAGGUG